AUGUCCAUUAUUCCUAUCACUUUAGCUCUUAUUGCAAGCCACUUAACAAGUAUCACCCUUCUUGGUGUUCCUGUGGAAAUAUACUUGAGAGGCACUCAGUAUUGGGCGUCAGCACUCUCACUCGUCAUCGUCACGUUCCUCACAGCUGUGAUUUACUUACCCGUGUUCCACAAGCUCCAGCUAUCGUCAAGUUUCGAAUAUUUAGAAAUAAGGUUCUCAACACACACACGGACGAUAGGCGCAGUACUGUUUGUAGUUAGCAAGCUCAUGUUACUUCCUAUUGUCCCUUAUGUACCACUUUUGGCUUUUAGACAAGUGACAAAUCAGUUAGCAGGGCGGGUGACAGCAGUACUAUGUGUCGCUUGCGCAACAUUCAGUGCUGUUGGUGGUUUACGAGCCAUAGUAGCUAUUGGUGUCAUGACAACAUUCCUGGCUCUAGCUGGUACUGCAUUACCAAGCGGGCUAGCUUUAUUACCCGUGGGAUUCAAGAGGAUGUGGGAAAUAGCCCAUCAUGGCGGACGACUUGUUCUAUAUGAUCCAGAUCCCGAAAUGGCACACCACACAUCGUUCUUUGCGGUAACAUUGGCCCUAUCAACAAAUUGGCUAUGGAAGAUUGCAUUGAGCCAAGCAACACUCCAAAAACUAUUGGCCGUACCAACAAUUAGUCAGGCAAGGAUCUGUCUUGCUGUAUCGUGUGUUGGUGUCAUAUUUAUGAAGCUGCUGUCCUGUUUCCUUGGAUUGGCGCUGUAUGCGUGGUUUGCUGGCUGUGAUCCCCUACUUACAGGGCAGAUAAAGAAACAUGAACAGCUUGUGCCUCUGUUUCUCAACAAUCUCUCUCUAUUAUUCCCGGGUAUUUGUGGGAUUUUCAUCAUCUCUAUUUUCAGUGCAACUACUGGCUGCAUUGCGUCAUUGAUUAAUUCCGUCGCUGGGGUGUUGUUUGAAGAGUUCAUUAGGCCAUGGAUGCCUCAGAGUACCAAUGAGAGUGCAUGCUGUCGAAUAAUGAAGUUUCUUUGCUUGUUGGUUGGCCUGUACUGCGGGUCAGUAGUAUGGUUUGCAAAGGAGCUGGACCGCUUGCAGCACGUCGCUUCUGGAGUAACCGGUGUCACAGCUGGAACACUGCUCGGCUUGUUCACACUGGGCAUUGUAUGUUCCAGGGCUAAUUGUUCUGGAGCUCUAAGCGGUUGUUUAUUAAGUCUGAUAUUGUGUGGGUGGUUGCUUAUUGGUGCAGAGAAUGCUUUAGCAACGGGUGCACUGACCUUUCAGGGAAAACCACUGACCAUAUCAGGUUGUGGGAAAGCCAAUUUCACACAUGUACUGGCGAACAUAACUACAGUAGUUCCUAACGCUGCCAACCAGCUACCGAAGAAGCCGCUGCAGUCUCUCUUCCGAAUAUCCUUCACUUACUGUCCGUUCGCCGGAGCUGUAUCAGUACUCUUAAUUGGGCUCUUAAUGAGUUACCUCACGGGGAAGUCCAAGUCGGAGUCAAUGAACCCUGAUGUGUUUUGCCCAUUAACUCAAAGUAUUCUUCAUAAAUCCGCGAUCAGAAGUCCGACAGCAUCUUUGGAAACCAGGCCGAAUAAUACGCAAGAAGUUUACGUGGCGCUGGACGAAGCUCUCAAGCAUUUGAAAGAAAUUAUUGAUCGAUAA